AUGAAUAAAGAAACCGCAUUAGGCGAGCGUUUAAGCCAUGUUAUCGUAUCCCAUACAGUUUAUCAGUAUUACCGAUAUAAUGACAUCUUUAUCGUUCAGAACAAGUUUAGGGGAAAGUUUUUGGCGUUAAUGAAAGCAAAAAGUAUUGAAUUGUCGCAAAUUAAGACAGUUUAUGAUAAUAUUAUAUCUCAAAUUAAGAUAAAAGAUAAGGAGUUAUACAAAACUAUCACCACCCAAGAGAUAGAUAUUGAUGUUAAGACCGAACACAGUAAACAGAACAAAAAAACAGUAUCCGACCCACAGACUACCGAAUAUACUAACAUACCCUAUACGCCAGGCGAGGGCAUGAUUGGGGAAACUUUUGGACGAAGCCAAUUACUAAAACAGCAACAGCAAGCCAAAAAAAAGAUAACAGUUGAGGAAACCACAGGGCGGAGAGUAGUUGACGGGGACAGCGUAAGAUAUGAACCGACCUACAAUAAAGAAAAAGGAGACCGCGACACCAAGACCACAAUUGAGGGAGAUAGAAUUUUUGCAUUUUUGUUUGUCGGCAUGUAUUCACCGCCAGGGCGUUUUAUCAUGACACGAUUAAUGCCAGAGGAGGCGGAUAUUGGUAAACCAGCCAAGAAAAAGAAAAAAGACGAUGAUAUUGCCGACAUAUCCGAGCGGGAAUAUUUACAGAUGAAAGCGGACGGGAAAACAGUUGCUAAAUCUUAUUAUUUAGAGUAUAUAACCCGUUAUCGAGCUAGAAAAGAGAAAGAGAAAGCACCAGUAGGAAGUUUAACCGCAUUAGCGAUUGAUAAACAAAAAGACCUUGCUGACGGACUUAUUAAAGCCUGA